UAAUUUGUUAUGCAGACCGACCACAAUUAAUGGAGUAUUACCUUUUGGCCCGACAAUCCACCGAUGAAGAAUGUGUUUGCAAGAUUCAUGACAAUUGCAAACAUAUCCUUUUUAGUAAACGUUUUGACACAACUUGAGAAGUUGGCUAAUCGGAAUGUUGUAGACAUUAUUGACUAUUUCUACGAAUGAUUUUUGCUUAUUCGAAACACUUUCUUUCGCUCAAAAUGGUACAGGUUUUGAAAUUGGACUUGGGUUGAUAUAUACAAGAAAGACCAUGACACAAUAGGAGUCCCCAUUGAACUAAAGAUCAAGGUGUUGACUAGUUAGGUUUUUUUAUUAUAUAUUUCAUCUGAAAAAUAAUUGAAUAUUCUAAGACUCUAACCAGCUUAAGAUUCCAAGUACCUAUCGCGGCAGUAUGGGAAGCAAAUACCCGAACCCGAUUAGACCAUCAGAAACCCGAAUCGGAUGGAUCGGCAUCGGCGUUAUGGGCGGCGCCAUGGCCUCUCGUCUCAUCUCCGCCGGUUACACUCUCACUUUCUACGCUCGCAACCCAACCCACCCAAACUCCCUCUCCCUUCAAUCUCAAGGUGCCAAACUCGCCGAUUCACCUUCCCAUCUCGCAAACUCAAGCGACGUCGUUUUCACAAUGCUCGGCCACCCCUCUGACGUUAAAUCCAUCCUCCUCGACAAAAACGGCGUCGUUUCAUCCUUAAACCCUAACACCGUCACAGUCGACACCACCAGUUCACAUCCAGAUCUCGCCAGAGAAAUCUCCAUAGCAGCAAGAGCCAAAAACGCUUGGUCCAUAGACGCUCCCGUCUCCGGCGGAGACAUCGGAGCAAGAGACGGAAAACUAGCAAUCUUCGCCGCCGGUGAAGCCUCUGUGGUAGAAUGGCUAUAUCCCUUGUUUAAAACAUUGGGAAAACCAACCUACAUGGGUCCCUCAGGGUCUGGACAGAGCUGCAAGAUAGCAAACCAGAUAACAAUCGCAGCGAAUUUGAUCGGAAUUAGCGAAGGUCUAGUGUUUGCGAAACGAGCCGGGCUUGAUUUGGAGCAAUUUGUGAAUGCAAUUAGAGCCGGUUCGGCGGGUUCGAAGGCGUUGGAGUUGUUUGGGGAGAGGAUGAUAAAGAGAGAUUUUAGGCCUGGUGGUUAUGCUGAGUAUCAGGUUAAGGAUUUAGGAAUGGGUAUUAAUUAUGUUGAAGGUGGUGAUGAUAAUAAAGUUGUUGUUUUGCCUGGAGCUUCUUUGGCUAAACAGAUAUUUACUGGUAUGGUUGCAAAUGGAGAUGGAAAACUUGGUGGUCAAGGUGUUAUCUCUGUUAUUGAAAGGAUUAAUAAUGGAGAUUAAACUUGAUUAGGUUCUGGUAAAGGUAAACUUUGUGUGUACUAUGUAAUCAUAAAUAACAACUAGUGUCAAAUUUACUAGAUCAAGUGAUAAUAAUAUUGUCUCUAAAUAAAACUCACUUGAUUGCUGCAAGAACUCAUGCUCAAAAUGCUGGAUUCAUACUUCUUAACAAUGUUAUUAGUUUUUUCUAGGUUGAUGUAUUUGUUGCUUGUAUUUUUUAUUUGCCUGGCCGUGUUGUUGGCAGUGUUAUGUUAUCUAAAAGUUAUGUGGA